AUGUCAACAAUUGCUUCGCCCCGCGCCAGCUCUUCGGUACGCAGCCCCUCAUUAACCCGCACCUCAAUCGAUAGCAGCUCGUCGCAUCGCCCACCACAAGCCGCACGCCGAAAUCGCGCCGCCCUUCGCGAAUUCUAUGGCCUAAAGAAUGCCCCCAGGGAUGCCACACCAGACGCGCGAAUAUCUGAAGAAUCUUCUGGAACACAGCUAGGACCAGAAGAAGACGAGACGCUGACGGAGCUCGAUGCCGCGGAUUUCAAUGCAGAAGCCUUUGUAGAGGGCUUACUUGCGAAAGAGGGACUGAAGGGCGUAUUAAAGGUCGAGGCAGACUUGAUAUCUCAGGUUAGAAAUUUGGAUAGCGACCGCAAGUCCCUUGUCUACGACAAUUACUCCAAACUCCUCUCCGCAACGAGCACUAUCCGACGUAUGCGCGGCAACAUGGAUCCUCUCGCACCAACUACCCAUACCCUCGGCCCUGCCAUUUCGCACAUCGCCGAGACAGCUGCUUCCUUGUCAUCAUCGUUGCAGGAUAGCCACCAGUCAAAAGAAGAAGGAUUGGGUAUAAGCAUACGUGUCGAGCAAGACGAGAAGAACAAAGUAGAGGUGGAGAAGAAGCGGAGACAACAGGACACUGUCAGAUGGGUUCUGGAUACUCCACGACGGCUGCAGGUCAUGAUAGAUCAAGACCAAGACGAGCAGGCUGAGAAGGAGUGGCAGGAGGUUAGCAGAGUUCUGGACAAGUGGAAGGGUGUCACUGGCGUACAAGAGCUCAAGGAGCAGUGCGAAGCCAUUAUGCAGGAGGAAGACGAAGAUGAAGACGAUUCAGAGUGA